CUGAAGUCAGUCAGUGUCGAGCAGAGGUGUUCCUUCACGCCACUAACUAAUGUACGUAGAAGAUGCUGAGGAAGCUGUCGUAGUUUAAACCUAACAGCGGCGGAGGAGGAUUUAAGUAAUUUUUCUUUUGAUUCGCUUUGGAAUUAUGAAGUUUAAACAGUGCCUUGGAUAAAGCAGCUGGAAUCGUGAGGGAAGGUGAUAGAUUCCUUGAAUCACUUCCCUGUUGGACUAUGACUGCUAAAAUAUAUAGACUCUAAAUAUUUUAUUUUAUUUUGUAAACCAGAACGGGGAGAAUAAGCUUAUAUGCUUCCCCCCACCUUCUUCGCUGGAUCUCUAUGGAGAGUGCACGCCGUCUGCUCACACGUAACCUCUGGAGUCACUUGUGGCGUGAACGUUGAAUCUACCGACCUGGAGAGCAGAAAACGACACACUUAACCGCAUUUGAAUGCCUGUGCAAGGGGUUUGUUGGUUUUUGUGCUGCCGGCAGGGCUUCAGUUUGCUGGGACUGGACUAUGGGGAGAAAGAGGAGGAAGAGUCUUUUGAGUUGCGCAACAAGGAGGACUUGACUCCCAAUGGACGGACCCCAACUGAGGUGACAGUUUCUCAGCCUACUUGUGCAGCCAAUGGAACAAACGGGCACACUGUCUCUCAGUCACCUGUAAAAAUGAAGAAACCAACCAGUGAGGAUAAAGGGAUGGGUGUGGAUGAAGACCCAGAUCUGAUAGUAAAAGGUUGGCUGUUGCGGGAGGUUGCUGGCAGCUGGAUAAAGCAUCGACGUUACUGGUUUGUGCUGAGCCACGAUUCCCUCGACUAUUACACCGGGCCGGAGAAAGGCGCUCGGAGACUGGGCACACUGGUCCUCACCAGUCUCUGCUCCGUCAUUUGGCCAGACAAGCAGACAUACAAAGAAGCAGGUUACUGGAGCAUUACUGUUUAUGGACGGAAGCACUGCUACAGGCUGUACACCAAGCAUUUCAAUGAAGCUGUGCACUGGGCCUGCGCCAUCCAGAAAAUCAUUGAUACCAAAUCACCGGUGGAAACUCCGACACAGCUUUUGAUUCGAGACAUCGAGGAGAAUAAGUUCAAUCCAGAGGUGGUGGAACACAUCUACCGACACAACACCAUCCUUAAAUACACCCAGGGCCCUCUGCAUGCUCCUCUGCUUCCUUUCCCUUAUGGCAAUCUGGAGCACACAUACCACAAUGGGAAGGGCUAUGGCUCAGUGCGUGAGGAAGCCGUGAAGCUCUUCAACUGCCUGCAGCAGUUGGAGUUGGCGCGGGAGCCGGUUCCCAUCAUCCAGGGCGUGCUGCAGACCUGCCUGGACCUGCGGCCCCUCCGUGAUGAGGUCUACUGUCAGCUUGUGAAGCAGACCAGCCACACGCCUUCCCCGAACACCGCUGCGCAUCUCCGUUACUGGCAGCUCCUCACCUGCAUGAGCUGCACUUUCCUGCCAGGGUCCGUCGUGCUCAAAUACCUGCGGUUCCACCUCAAGAGAGUUCAGAGCCAAAGUCCUGAAUCUGAGAUGGAUAACUAUGCAUCAUUCAUCAGCGAGGCUGUGGAAAAGACAAAAUGCCGCGAGUGUGUGCCAUCGUGGGAGGAGAUCCAGAUGCUGAUGAACCGGCAGGAGAUGCUGUGCACCGUGCACUACCCUGGCUGUGGUUCCUGCCAUCUCUACAUCAGCUCACACACCACUGCCAAUGAGGUGGUCCGGAGGAUGCAAGAAAAGCUGGGCCUUCAAGAUAGUAAAAAUACAUUUGCACUGUAUGAGCAAAAUGCACUGUGGGAGCAGCCGGUUGCAGGGAACUCUCUGAUCGCAGACGUCCUGACCAGCUUCACCACCAAAGAGACUGAGUCUGAAUCCCAGUGGAAACUGUGUUUUAAGCUCUACUGCCUGUUGGACGCUGACAGCAUAUCAGUGGACAGCAUAGAGUAUUUGUUCCUCUUUGAGCAGUGCCAUGAGAUGGUGGUGCGUGGUCAGCUUCCAGCCUGUGAGGAGGACCUCCUAGCAUUGGCAGCCCUGAGGCUUCAGAGCCUCGUGGGUGACUUCAGCACACAUGCCCCUUUCCCACCUCUGGAUGAACUGUUCCCUGGUCACAUGCUUGAAACGCGGGUUCUCAUGUCUCUCUCUGCCCCGCAAGCAGCACCUCCCUGUCAGGUGGCGGCUCAGGACUGUCCUGCGACGCAGCGGUUCCCCACAGGCCUCCUGGCUGGGACGCUGUGGAGCCACUCUGCUACGGUCGCUCAUAAACAAAAGAUGGAGAACGAUAUGCGUCUGCGCAGUCGGCUGAAGGAGGAAGCAGCAGCUGUAAUGACAGCCAUCUUGGAGCGUUGGAAAGGUCUGGCUGGCUACAGUAGCAUGGAUAGUAUGGCUGCCUACCUCACAAUUGCACGGCAGUGGUCGGGCUUUGGAAGCACUCUUUAUGAAGUGGACUUUUACAUUAGUUCAACAGGGAAUUUCUCCCAGAAGCUGUGGCUGGGUGUAGCUGCUACAUCCGUGUCCAUCUACAAGCAGGGAGAAUCAGAGGCCUUGGAGUCUUUCCCUUAUGGCCAGAUCUGCUCUUACGGCGUAUCUGACAGCAACACCUUCAAGAUCACAGCUGGGGAUAGGGAUUUAAUAUUUGAAACCAGCAAGCUGACUGAGAUCAUGCAGCUCAUGAACGCCUAUUUCAGUGCCAUCCAUCGCCAGCGGGGUAAAGGAGAAGAUCCAGACACCAUCACCUUCACAGAAAGCACAGACGUGGGCUUCCGUCACAUGGCCUCCACACCGACACCCACGCUUCUGGAGCUGCCGUCUCACCCCGUUUAAGAGGAACGCAUACCUACAUAGACUCAUCACCAUCCUUCUUUCUUGGGGAGGCUGAGGCCCAGUCCAGAAGAUCCUCGGCCUCUUCCGCUGGGAACAUCGCUACAUUCAAUACAAAAAGAGGGCUGUUAUCGCUCUCCAUCUAUGAAAUGAAACCUUCCAUGAGUUUUCCAGUUAGAAUGAAAGUCGUGGGACAGUGCAAGGCAGGCAAGGGCCCUAAAGAAUUGCACAAAAACCAGUGCUGUUACUGAUGAGGUGUCGCACCCCCAACGCCUUCCCACCAUGCAUACAUCUUUGUUACUCUAAAUGGCAAUAAACCCAGCCCCAAACUGCACCGCACCCUACUCAGCGAGAUUUUGCCAUGAGUCUUUGUACCACCACAAACAUUAAGCUUUGCAGAGAUCAUAAGCUGUAGAGCUACCCUCAUAAAGCUCCAGCUCAGAGUGAAAACACUCCCGCUCUCUCUCGGUGUGUGCCAUAUUGGAUUUGCCUUUCCUAGUAGGCAGACGCCCCUCGGGCACUGCUGGAAGAGUAUUGAGAAUAUUCAGUGAUACACAUACCCUAACUGUCUUCUACCCUUUAUCGGUCAGUUUUCAUAAGGUCCCGGCUGGGCUUCCAUUACCUGGAACUGUUGAUGCAGCGAUGCCAUGUGAACAGAUGUUGAAACUCUGUGGCUGAGUCACUUUGGCUGCCAUAACUGCACAGCCUCCUGCCAGGGUGUCAAUCUGAUCACAAAAAAAAACUGCAUUUCAUUCAAGAUGCAUACACGAUCCAGGGCUGUAUGUGUUAUAAAGAAAUCAAAAGACUUUCAAGCUGUUUUCAACACGUUGCCACCAGAAUGCUCUGAUUCCCUCGCUCUUUGUUGCGCUGCUUCUUUUUAGCUGUGGUCCUGGACAAGAAACUUGGACAACACCUUAACACUUGACCCAAUGCAGCACUAUUCUGCUGAAGAUAACUGCUGCUUCUUUAUUUAAAGGAAGGAACGCCACAAAGCCGCAUCGCUGACAGUUACCAUGCAGUGCUUCACGAGUCGCCUGGCAUUCGAGAAAAAACUUUUCUAAUUUGGAUGCUUUUUUAUCUUUUUUUUUUUAAACUGUCCUAUGUCUUAAACGUAGACCCAGACUUAUCUUUACAUUACGUUUGCAUAGGCUUGUUUGGUUCUGUUAAUUCCUCUAUCUACUAUUUGUCCCUUUAGUUUUCUUUUUAAAAAGCCAAACUUGGACCAAAGACUAUUUUUUUUUUUAUAAGCUUUUAGAAAAAAAGCCAACAAAUGCAGACAGAAUCUCUAAUCAUACUUAAGAUUGUUUUGUCUUCCAAGAUAAAUAUCCAGGAGUCAGUUGUGAAUUUUCUGUAAGGAUAAUCCAGAAGUGAUAUAUCUGCUACACUCUCUAGAAAAUAACCAGUUUUGUUUCUAUGCCAUGAAAGGCCUUGACAAGUCACUGCCCCCCCCUGGUUCAGAAGCAGGUCUUUAGGUUCUUUUUCACUGCAGCUGCAGGCAGCUCCAUGCUACAUAUAUGUAAAGGAAAAAAAUGCAGAUGUCCUUGCUUGGUAUUAAGCUUGUCUGUAUGCUGAAUGGUACCUUUUUAUGUAAUGUGUAUAUGUAAUUGCACUAUUUUAACUAACUUUGGAGUGCAAUAAAAAUUAUAAAUACUGUAAUUAAUUAAAAAAUACCCAUUUUA